GGGACGCCGCCGAGCCGGCCCGGUCCAAGUGUGUGCCACGCGGGCGGCAGAGCAUGGGCGAGCCCUCGACGGACGUGCGCGCUUUCCUGCGGCAGCACCCGGGUUUGCGGCUCGAGCCUGGCGGCGCCAAGGUGACGUGCACCCUGACGGGCCAUGAGCUGCCCUGCCGCCUGUCCGAGCUGCAGGUCUACACCCGCGGCAAGAAGUACCAGCGCCUGGUGCGCGCAGUCCCUGCCUUCGACUACGCGGAGUUCGAGCCGCACAUCGUGCCCAGCACCAAGAACCCGCGCCAGUUGUUUUGCAAACUCACCCUGCGGCAUAUCAACAAGCGCCCGGAGCACGUGCUCAGGCACACCCGGGGCCGCCGCUUCCAGAGAGCGCUGCAGAAGUAUGAGGAAUGUCAGAAGCAGGGCGUGGAGUACGUCCCGGCCUGCCUGCUGCACAGGAGGCGGCGGCGAGAAGACCAGGACGGGGGCAGACCGCCUGGCGGAAGGGUUGACUUCUGGGAGCCCGCAUCCAGCCAUGAGGGGGGAUCGCAGAGUGACGACAGUAUGACAGACCUGUAUCCACCCGAGCUGUUCACCAGGAAGGACCUAGGAGGGGCCGAGAGCAGGGACGGCACUGACAGCAACGAGGACGAGGACGCGCCAGGGCCUCCCAGAGGGGAAACGGGGAGCAGAGGGGAGGGGGCAGACGCCGGCCGGGCGCUGGUCCGGAAGCGCAGGAAGAAGCAGCUGGGCUCAUUGAAGUUGAAAAGACACCACUCCAGACCAAAGAGCUUCAGCUUGGAGAAGGAGUCGGGCUCCUGAAGUGCUGGGAACACGUCUCCACAGCUUCCAGAGAAGUCCCUCGGGUACCUCCCCGUCUGUUCCUGCUUCAGGCUGCCCAAUGUUGCCGUGCCUUCCCCACCCACCCGCUGCCUGGAGGCAGGGCCAAGAUGGCUGAGUUCCCCCUCCCCAGGAGGCAGCGGUCUUUGGGAG